UUGCUGGGCAUCACUUUUUGUCAGCUGUCAUUCUAAAUAGCAACUUCCACCAAAUUGGCUUUAAAAUUACUAAACUUUUAUCUUUGAAAUGCCUGUAAUAACUGUAGAAAACUCCGAAGAAUAUCAGAAAUAUAUUAGCGCCGAUAAAACGACCGUUGCGCUAUUUGGUGCCGACUGGGCCGAGCAAUGUGCUCAGGUAAACGACGUGCUCAGCGAGCUGGACAGAAUUGUAGGCGAUAAGUUGCAAUUCAUUACGCUGAAUGCGGAAAAAUUCCCUGAGAUAUCAAUGAAACACCAGAUCGAGGCUGUGCCGACAGUUAUAUUCUUCACCAAGGGUUCCGCUGUGGACCGCGUAGAUGGUGUGGAUGUUGCAGCAAUAAGCAGCAAGUCCAAAAAGUUAGCCGAAAAUGCGAGCAGCUCUGCGUCGACAGGACAAACCCUGGAAGACCGUUUAACUGCGCUUAUCAAUAAGGCGCCGCUUAUGAUAUUCAUGAAGGGUGAUCGGAACGCUCCGCGCUGUGGCUUCUCGAAGCAGCUUAUUGCUAUUGUUAACGAGACAAAUUUGCCGUAUGAGACUUUUGACAUACUUUCGGAUGAAGAAGUUCGCCAGGGCUUGAAAACCUUCUCAGACUGGCCCACAUAUCCACAGGUUUAUGUAAAGGGCGAACUUAUCGGUGGAUUGGACAUCAUCAAGGAACUCUUAGCCAACAACGAGCUGGAAGCGUCGCUCAAGGGCUAAGAUAAAUGAAAUAAGGAACAAAUAUCGCUUCUCACAAACUAACAAUGUCCAACUUUUAUAAGCAAAAAUAAACGAAAACAUUAAA